GGGACGGGGAGGACCCUGCGGAAGCGCUCGAGGAUGAUGCGACCGUGUGCGGCGCACCGGAGUUGAGCGUCGCUGCGCACGCACCUACACACACACGCACACACACACACACACACAGAGUGGGCUUUUGGCAGCUUCGCCGCCAGUCGGUUCUCGUGGACAGGAACACUCGUGAAGACCCUUGCAAGCACACUCCAAGAUGAAGUCGGAAUGCCGCGAGGGCAUCGAGAGGUUCGACAGCCCGGGAAAGGGCCGUGGCAUCCGCGUUACCAAAGAGUUCAAAGUCGGGGAGCUUUUGUUUGCCUGCCCUGCCUACUCCUACGUGCUCUCCGUUAGCGAGCGGGGAUACCUGUGCGACCACUGCUUCACCAAGAAGGAUGGGUUGGCAAAGUGUGCUAAGUGUAAGAAGGCCUUCUACUGCAAUGCGGGCUGUCAGAAAGCGGACUGGGCAAUGCACAAGCUGGAGUGUUCGUCCAUGUGUGCGUACGGCGAAAACUGGUGUCCAUCGGAAACCGUGCGCCUCGUCGCCAGGAUACUGGCCAAAAUGAGGUCACAGAAGGAGCCCCAGAGAGGACCAUCAGAGAAGAUGCUCCUCAUGGCAGAACUGGAAUCCCAUGUGGAUCAGAUGGACUCAGAGCGGAAGGAGAUGCAUGAGAUGGAUAUUUCUGCUCUUCAUCAUUUUUACUCCAAACACCUUGAUUUCCCCGACCACUCAAAACUGCUAAGCAUAUUCUCACAGGUAACGUGUAACGGCUUCACUGUGGAGGAUGAGGAACUCUCACACCUUGGUUCAGCAGUCUACCCAGAUGUGGCCCUGAUCAACCACAGCUGUAGUCCGAGUGUCAUCGUGGCCUAUAAGGGAGCCCUGGCUGAGAUACGUGCCGUACAGAACAUGAAACCAGGAGACGAGAUUCUGACGAGUUACAUUGACCUGCUGUAUCCUACGGAGGACAGGAAUGCACGCCUGAGAGACGCCUACUACUUCACCUGCACCUGCGCAGUCUGCACCUGCCCCAAGAAGGACGAGCUGAAGCUGAAGUUGAGGAAGCGAACUGAAGCCCCGCCCCCAGAGGAAGUGGCCCGUAUGAAUCGAUACGCCCGCAAUAGCAUACGAGAGUUCCGACAAGCCAAGCAUCAGAAAGAGCCAUCUGAGCUGCUGCAGAUGUGCGAGAGCAGCCUGGACCACAUGGGGGCGCUGUUUGACGAUGCUAAUGUCUACAUGCUGCACAUGAUGUACCAGGCUAUGGGUGUAUGCAUAUACCAGGGAGACUGGGAGGAAGCGGCACGCUAUGGGGAGAAGAUCAUCAAACCCUUCAGUGCGCUAUAUCCUGCCUAUUCUAUGAAUGUGGCAUCUAUGUACAUUAAACUGGGGCGGCUCUAUGUGGGACUGGAGAAACCUACCCAAGGCAUCAGCUUAUUUAAAAAGGCCGCAGCCAUCAUGGAGAUCACUAUGGGGAAAGAUCACGCCUCCAUCGAAAGUCUGAAGAAAGAAAUGCUGCAGAAACAAUGAAGCACACAAGGACACGUACACACACACACACACACACACACACACACACACACACACACACACACACACACACACACACACACACACACACACACACACACACACACACACAGAAAUAUCUCCUCCAUUAAAUCCCUUUACAGAGAAGUGAAGCGGUCACAUGGGUUGGCCUGAAACGUGACAGUAUGUCUGUUUGUUUUUUUGUUUGUGUCCAAAUGACUGUAAACAAAUCAGACAAUAAAGAUGCUCCUCACA